AUGCGAUCGUUAGGGGAGAGGUUGGCUCUUCUCAGAAAGAGGGUACGCACGCUCCCCCAUCCCACAAGCCUGACUGGAGAGGAAGAGCUUCGGCAAUGUGCCCGUCAAAUACCAAGUGCUCACGCGAAACAGCUGAUAAACCUGCGCUGCGGCCCUGGCGCAGCCAUCUUGCCACCCGAAGUAACAAGAAUACACAUGGACUUUGCGACCAGAAUGUCCGGCGGCCACAUGGGGGCCAGGAAAUUCUGGCGCGACUUUCUGCCCCGACUAAAGUACCACAACCCCUCCGUUGCCAUGGUCGUCAACCGCCAUGAUCAGAACCAAAACUCGCCCCUCAUGACCAUCUAUCUGCGCACCCAGGCCGGCACGGCCACCGAUGCCGCGGCUCCGUCCUCCAUUCAGCCAGCUUCCUCCCGGACCAACCUAGCGAAAGCCCAGCCGCCUGGCCCCGACGAGAAAACCGUCACCAUCGACAUGAAGGAUAAGCACGGGUCCGAAAUACUAGAGCACUUCCUCGCGGAGACGCGUGCAAGCCCCGUCCCGGCGAGCAGAGAAGACAUUGCGGAGAUGCAACAUCUCGAUCAUAUGAAGAAGCAGGCCAGCAUCGAUCGCGAGAGAGUCCGCCAGCUGAGAGCGGAAAAGAAGAAAGAGGAGGAUAUGUUGAAGAGAGCAAGAGCAGCUGGCGGCAUGUCCGAGGAAGAAGAAGCUUGA